AUGGUGGACAGACAACGGAUAGAACUCGUCGAUGAGUUCUGUUACCUGGGGUGUACGCUGAAGAACAACGGCAGCUGCGAGAGAAAUGUUCAGCAAAGAUGCGCUAAGGCCGCUUCUGCAUUUAACUCCUUAACGAAAUGCCUGUGGUCGACCCCCAUCAUUAACGGAGUCAAGCUGCGAGUCUACCUAUCCGCAUUUCGCCGCAUCAUGAUGUACGGAUCGGAGACUUGGGCAGCACCAUCAACGAUUAUGGAGAGGCUUGAUUGCACGGAACGAAAGCUGCUCAGACGCGGCUACUUGGCUACUUUUUGGUUUAGGGUAUGCCACAAUGAAGAUCUUUACGCAGAAAUUGAUGCGGUAUACCGGCGGAUGACACGAGGAAGAUACCAACAUCUUGCGCCGCCAUCGAAAGUGGCUAAAGUAAAUCGUCCUCGUUUUUUUAAGGAGACCGGCAGAUCGCCUUGUUCAACGAGUUCUGAGGAGUUUGCCGGGUUCGAGCUGGAAGAAGCCACCUGGCCGAAAACGGAAGUUCUGGACUGA